AUGACUAAGGUUCCUAACCCGCAGUACAAUCUUAUUGAUCUAGCCAUGUUGUUCUGCCAAUACACAUUCUUACGAUUUGAAUGCCCUAUCUCUGCAUCAAGUCAUGAAUCGCUCCAAAACAUUGCACAUCUACUUGCUUUGGUACAUAAAUCUUUCACUCCAACUGUAGAAAUUGGGAUAGAUACUGGGAAUAUUGUAGAUGAGGAAAAGUGGAAAUCGAUACCGAGUGCCACAGAGCUUCAAGAGGCUGGAGUCAACUUGAAAAAGCUACAGAGUGGUAGCUUCCUUGACAUAAAGUUCAACAAUGGGGUAUUGAAAAUUCCAUUUUUGAAAAUAGAAGAUCUAUCGGUAUCUUUCUCCCGAAAUCUGAUUGCAUAUGAGCAAUACGAUCGAAAUAAUGAUCACAAUUACGUCACAGACUAUUUAACCUUAAUGGAUUAUCUCAUCAACUCUCAAAAGGAUGUUGAAUUACAUUGUCGACCAGGAAUUAUUGAAAAUUGGUUGGGUGAUGAUGAAGCUGUCUCAACCAUGUUUACCAAGCUUUCUGAGAAUGUCAUUCAAUCAAAAGUCUGUUAUGCUAAAAUUUUCAAAGAUCUGAACGAGCAUUGCAACAAACGUAAGAAUGUGUGGAUAGCAAACUCGAGGCACAACUAUUUCAACAGUCCUUGGGCAUUGAUUUCAUGUCUUGCAACUGCCUUUUUGCUCCUGCUUGCUUUAGCACAGACCAUAUUUUCCAUUCUUCCUUACAUUUUUCCCAUAAAGUAA